GCCGCUUCUGGUGGGUGAGAAAGGGCUGGGGGUGUGCGCGAUGUUGCGGACACUGCGCUACUUGGGCGGUGCCUGCGGGCUGGCCGGCGGGGACUUCCCCGCAGCGUGCGGGCUCUCGCGAGGGAGGCCCUGGCUGCUGCGCAGAGUCUGUCGCUGUGGCCGCAGCGCCAGCACUAGCUCAUUUGAUGUAGUCAUUGUCGGUGGUGGAAUUGUGGGGCUUGCCUCUGCCAGAGCACUCAUACAGCGGCAUUCAGCCCUUUCCCUUGGUCUUCUGGAAAAGGAGAAAGAUUUAGCUCUUCACCAGACUGGACAUAACAGUGGUGUCAUACAUAGUGGAAUUUAUUAUAAACCUGCAUCUCUGAAAGCUAAAUUAUGUGUACAAGGUGCAGCCCUCAUCUAUGAGUACUGUAGCAAAAAGGGAAUUUCCUACAAGCAAUGUGGCAAGCUUAUAGUAGCUGUUGAGCAAGAAGAAAUUCCCAGGCUUCAGGCCCUAUAUGAAAGAGGCCUUCAGAAUGGUGUCCAGGGCCUGAGGCUGAUCCAGCAGGAAGAUAUAAAAAAGAAGGAGCCAUAUUGUAGGGGUCUAAUGGCUAUUGAUUGCCCAUAUACUGGCAUUGUGGACUAUCGGCAGGUGGCUUUGUCAUUUGCCCAGGAUUUCCAAGAUGCAGGUGGCUCUGUUUUGACAAAUUUCGAAGUAAAAGAUAUUGAAAUGGCUAAAGAAAGUCCUUCAGGAAGUCAAGAUGGGAUGAAGUAUCCAAUUGUUAUUAGGAAUACAAAGGGAAAAGAGAUUCGGUGUCAGUAUGUCGUGACAUGUGCAGGACUUUACUCAGAUCGUAUUUCAGAAAUGAGUGGCUGCAGUCCUGAACCUCGAAUUGUACCCUUCCGGGGAGAUUAUCUGCUCUUGAAGCCAGAAAAAUGCUAUCUUGUAAAAGGAAAUAUUUACCCGGUCCCAGAUAGCCGGUUUCCUUUCCUAGGAGUUCACUUCACACCAAGAAUGGAUGGCAGUAUUUGGCUAGGGCCUAAUGCAGUUCUUGCCUUUAAACGUGAGGGUUACAAACCCUUUGACUUCAGUGCCAGAGAUGUUAUGGAUAUAAUUAUCAAUAGUGGCUUGGUUAAGCUGGUGGUGGAGAAUUUUUCUUAUGGAGUUAAUGAAAUGUACAAGGCCUGUUUUCUCGGUGCAACAGUGAGGUACCUCCAGAAGUUCAUCCCUGAAAUUACUGUCAGCGAUAUACUUAGAGGUCCUGCUGGAGUAAGAGCCCAAGCCCUGGAUAGAGAUGGAAAUCUGGUAGAAGAUUUUGUAUUUGAUGGAGGGGUUGGGGAUAUUGGAAGUCGCAUUCUUCAUGUGAGAAAUGCACCUUCCCCUGCUGCCACUUCUUCCCUUGCAAUUUCUGGAAUGAUUGCAGAUGAAGUGCAACAGAGAUUUGAACUAUAAAUAAUGAAAGGAGCUAGGUGUACAUUUUAAUCUCCACAUUCAGCAACAAGAACCUAUUAAUUGCAUUCUUCAAUUUUAAGAAAAUUUAUUUGAAAAUCUCAUUUUUAGGUCACAGAUAACCACUAAAUUAUUAAAAGUAUAUAACAUAGAAUUAAUAAUUUUUUAAAAGUUAAAGCCCGUGUUUUGUGAAUAAAGAGUUUUCCAUGCCUGGCAGGAUAUGGUUAUAUCUUCCCUGAAUCCUGGCUUUGUUAAUAACCUAUCCUCACCAACCAUUAGCUAGAGAAGAGUUGACCCUUUUAGAAUUGCAGGGAAAGAUGGAUUAAAAAAUUGAUGAUUCUCUUAACUUUUUGUCUUUGUAAUAUCUAAGCUUUUUUGUUUCUCCCAGACAAGAAAAUAUAUUGUAGGCUGUAAACCUCCUCUUAAUUUUGAGGAAUCGUAGAGAAGCUCACAUUAUUUAGAACAACAAAAUUUGUGUCUGUGGAUUAAAAAUUCUUGAUUUGAAGAAAAUAUAUGAAUUGUACAUUUUAAGUAGUUUGGAUGAGAUUUUAUCUUAGCUGUAAUAUCUGUCAGAACGAACUUUACCAAACGAAGUCAAACCUUUAUAAUUGACUUGGUGUGGUGUCAUCACCAGAUGUAAACAGCUACACUAUGAGUAGUUGUUGCUUACUCUUCAGGGUUCU